AUGGUGCCUGGUACUAUUUAUCUGCUGGUCAUCUUGGCUCAAGCUCUUGCAGGGCCCUGCACUCCGAAUAAAGCAGAUGUAAUUCUGGUAUACUGCUACCCUAGAACCAUCAUUACAAAAAUUCCAGAGUGUCCUUAUGGAUGGGAGGUUAAUCAGCUGGCACUUGGAGGCAUUUGCUACAAUGGGAUCCACGAUUCAGGAUAUUACCAAUUCACAAUCCCAGACCUGUCACCGAAAAAUAAAUCGUACUGUGGGACACAGUCAGAGUUUAAGAACCCCAUUUAUCACUUCUACAACUCCAUUGUCUCCAAUGACACCUCAGUGAUUGUGAAGAGCCAGCCUGUGAAUUACUCGUUCACCUGCACAUACAAUGCCAACUACCUGGUGAACCAGGCUGCCUUUGACCAAAGGGUGGCCACCGUCCACGUGAAGAAUGGGAGCUCUGGCUCAUUUGAAAGUCAGCUAUCCCUCAACUUCUACUCUAAUGCCAAGUUUUCAAGCAUAAAAGAAGCCCCUUUUGUCGUUGAAACAUCAGAAAUUGGUUCUGACAUAUUUGCUGGAGUGGAAGCUAAGGGCUUAAGUGACAGGUUCAAAGUAGUUCUCAACAACUGCUGGGCAACUCCCUCCUCGGAAUAUUUCUAUCAGAUCCACUGGCCUCUCAUCACCAAGGGGUGUGCCACAGACAACUCCAUUCUUGUGCACGAAAAUGGGAAAACAAGCCGGGCGACCUUCCAGUUUAAUGCCUUCCGCUUCCGAAACAUCCCCAAGCUGUCCAAGGUCUGGCUGCACUGUGAAACGCACGUCUGCGACAGUGAGAAGUUCUCCUGCCCGGUGACAUGUGACAAACGAAAACAGCGCAUGGAACAAACUGGAGGUGUUUUGGUGGCUGAGAUCUCUGUCCGCAGCAAAGGUUUAUCCAGAUUUUACACACUCUCAGAUAUCAUCUUCCAUCUCCUCUUCACGAUUGGAUUUUGCGCUGUUUUAUUAUAA